GGGGGAAACAUUCAGGCAGUGUCCCGUAUUUGGAAUGAGUACGACCAGAACACAGUUUGUCUUUUCUUUUUUGCUCUUUUUUUUUUUUUUUAAAGUGAAACGGGUUUAUUUGUAACUCUUUAUAUAUUUUUUUUAACCGACAGGACUGGAUACUCCCGAAGCAACUGCAGACAAACUAAAGAGACAUUUGGUUUCUUGGACGAAUAAUGGGAUUUAAAGAACAUAUCUGCCAGCAGCGAGCUUGAGAGGAAAACCCAGCGAGACGUCCCCCCCACCACCACCAUCAUUACCACCACCCUCCUCGGCUGGAGGAACACUGGAAGCGUGUCCUGCGGUGGAAGAAGCGACGCGGGGAAAGAUGGCAUUCGGAGGCGAAGAGCAGUAGCGCCAGCGCCGCUUCCCCGGCUAGCCGCGGAGCUAAGCUAGCAGCGGGCUGCUCGCUUAGCCAGGCUCGCCCUUUCAUUCCUGGAGCAGAGGAGGGGCGCCGUGGCACUGCGGAUCUGCCGUCGCCUUUUAGGGCUCCCUGGAAGAAUGGAGAAAGCGUCACGUCUGCCUCGGCACCAGCUCAGGGAAGACUGCUGAACCCGAAAAAAAGAAAAGAAAAAGAAAAAGGCAGCGAGCCGAAAUUGUUUUUUUACACUGUGCUUCCCAGAAGGAGAGGAGCGGAGAGCCGCAGGGAUCCACCGGCCUGGGGCAGCCUCGGACUGGCCUAUUUGUUUCCCUGUGCGCCCAGAGGGGAGGUAGGGGUUUUAGGGUGGGGGGAAAAAGAGAAAACAUGGGGGAAUGGUGCACAUCUCCCCCACCGUGUGGAUACUGGAGCUGCACGGGGAGAUCAUGAACGCAGAGAGAGCUCCGGUGCGCCCUCAGCACAAAGUUUGAUCGUUUUCCAAGACGUCCUCAAGGCGAGAGAACUUCUCUCCAGGCCCCGCUGCGCCAACUAAACAGAGCCGGGAGGUGGGCUUCCCACCCCCCUUCCACCUUUUGAGCUUUAGCUGCUGUUUUAUCCGUCCUCCGAUCGCCCUACGGAAAGCUAACCGGGCCGCACGAACAUGUCGGGAGAGGUGCGCUUGAAGAAGCUGGAGAAGCUGCUGCUGGACGGGCCGGCUCAGUCCAAUGGCCAGUGCCUGAGCGUGGAGGCGCUGCUGGAUAUCCUGGUGUGCCUCUACGACGAGUGCAACAACUCCCCGAUCCGGAGGGAGAAGAACAUCCUGGAGUUUCUGGACUGGGCCAAACCAUUCACUUCCAAAGUGAAGCAGAUGCGUCUGCACAAGGAAGACUUCGAGAUCCUGAAGGUCAUAGGAAGAGGAGCGUUCGGAGAGGUCGCGGUGGUCAAAGUGAGGAACACGGAUAAGGUCUUCGCUAUGAAGAUUCUCAACAAGUGGGAAAUGCUGAAGCGAGCGGAGACGGCGUGCUUUCGAGAGGAGCGGGACGUCUUGGUGAACGGAGACAGCCAGUGGAUCACCACCCUGCACUAUGCCUUCCAGGACGACAAUAAUCUGUACCUGGUCAUGGACUACUACGUGGGCGGCGACCUGCUGACUCUGCUGAGCAAGUUUGAGGACCGGCUGCCUGAAGACAUGGCCAAGUUCUACCUGGCCGAGAUGGUGCUGGCCAUCGACUCCGUUCAUCAGCUCCACUACGUCCACAGGGACAUUAAGCCUGACAACAUUCUGCUGGAUAUGAACGGCCACAUCCGCCUGGCUGACUUUGGCUCCUGCCUCAAGCUCAUGGAGGACGGGACCGUCCAGUCCUCGGUGGCGGUGGGGACCCCCGAUUACAUUUCUCCAGAGAUCCUCCAGGCGAUGGAAGACGGGAAAGGCAAGUACGGACCCGAGUGCGACUGGUGGUCCCUGGGCGUCUGCAUGUAUGAGAUGCUGUACGGGGAGACUCCCUUCUAUGCAGAAUCCCUGGUGGAAACCUACGGGAAAAUCAUGAACCACAAGGAGCGAUUCCAGUUCCCGCAGCAGAUGACAGACGUGUCGGAGGAAGCCAAAGAUCUGAUUCGCCGGCUCAUCUGCAGCCGGGAGCACAGGCUGGGUCAGAACGGCAUCGAGGACUUCAAGCAGCACCCGUUCUUCACUGGCAUCGACUGGGACAACAUCCGGACCUGUGGGGCCCCCUACAUCCCAGAAGUCAGCAGUCCCACAGACACCUCCAACUUCGACGUAGACGAUGACUGUCUAAAGAACUCGGAGACUAUGCCUCCUCCCUGUCACACGGCCUUCUCUGGCCACCACCUGCCGUUUGUGGGUUUCACCUACACCAGUAAAUGUUCCCUAUCAGACCGGGGCUGCCUCCGACAGCUGGCCGUAGAGCCGGGUAAAGCGGGGCAGGAGCAGCUGGACCUGGAUGUUCAGCGCAGGCUGGAGGACAGCCUGGCCACCGAGGCCUACGAGCGGAGGAUACGCCGCCUGGAGCAGGAGAAACUGGAGCUGAGCCGCAAACUGCAAGAGUCCACUCAGGCGGUGCAGGCUCUGCAGCACCCGGCCGGCGAGGGACCAGUCGGCUCCAACAAGGAAGUGGAGAUCAGGAGCCUCAAGAGCGAGAUCGACAUUCUCAAGAAGCAGAUCGCUGACUCAGGCCAACUGGAGAAGCAGCUGGAGGACGCGACGUCGGCGCGCAGAGACCUGGAGGACUCGUCCAAACACGUCAGGAGUAUGGAGAAGCAGCUGAAAGGCCUCACACAGGAGAGGGACGACUUACACAAGGGCCUUGUGGAGGCCACUGAGAAGCUGAAGUCUCAGUCUAAAGAGCUGAAGGAGGCCCACAGCCAGAGGAAGCUGGCCAUGCAGGAGUUUUCUGAGCUCAAUGAGAAACUGACAGAGUUCAGGUCGGCCAAGCAGCGCCUCAUUCGCCAGCUGCGUGACAAGGAGGAGGAGAUGGAGAGCCAGAACCAGAAGGUGGAGGCUCUCCGCCUCGAGGUGCGAAAGGCUGAGAGGGCCAAGAAGGAGAUGGAGGUCCAGGCUGAGGAGCAGGCCUGUGAGGCUCAGAAGGAGAAGAAGCUGAGAGAGCGCAAUGAGCAGUACAGCCGGCAGCUGGAGGAGGAACUGGAAGGGUUUAAGGUGAAGCAGGUGGGCUCUCCUGCCGCCCCGGCCUCGGCCGACCAGACCCAGGAAGUGGGGCGGCUGCGCGCGGAGAUGGAGAAGAAGACGCUGCUGUAUGAGGAGGAGCUGGCACGCAGGGAGGCGCAGCACAGCACCGAGCUGAAGGCCCUGCGCAAAGAGCUGAGAGACGCCGAGAGUCAGCAGCUCAACCUGCAGAAAGAGAUCCUGAUGCUUAAAGACAAGCUGGACAAGUUCCGCAGGGAGAGUGGUGAUACUGUGAGCCAAAGCGAGCGUGAAGAGUUUGAGACGGAGUACAAGCAGAAAUAUGAGCGUGAAAGAGUCAUCCUGACUGAGGAGAACAAGAAGCUGUCCAGUGAAUUAGACAAGUUGAGCGGCAUGUUCGAGAAGGUGAGCAGCUCCAACCAGCAGCUGGAGGAGGAGAUGAGGGAGCUGGCCGACAAAAAGGAGAGCGUGGCCCACUGGGAGGCCCAGAUCACUGAAAUCAUCCAGUGGGUGAGCGAUGAGAAAGACGCUCGGGGCUACCUGCAGGCUCUGGCCACCAAGAUGACCGAGGAGCUGGAGGGUCUGAGGAACACCAGCCUGGGAGCGAGGGCCACGGACAUGCCGUGGAAGAUGCGCCGCUUCGCCAAGCUGGACAUGUCGGCCCGUCUGGAGCUGCAGUCGGCGCUGGACACGGAGAUCAAAGCCAAGCAGAGUAUUCAGGACGAGCUGAACAAGGUCAAGGCUGACAGCAUCUCCACCGAGUGUAAACUUCAGGAGGUGGAGACCAAGAACCAGGAGCUGCUGGCCGAGAUCGAGCGGCUGAAGAAGGAGACGGAGGAGCUGCGGCUGCGAAGGGGUGUCAAGCACCAGGAUUCCCAGAAUUCCUUCCUGGCUUUUCUCAACGCCCCCACCUCGGCCCUGGACCAGUUCGACGACUCUUAUUCCUCAUCCUCGUCUUCUUUAAUUGAGUUUUGGGAAGACCGCUCGCCGUCCGUCGGCCCGGCUAAAGGCAGACGUGUGGACUCCAUGGACAACUUCACCCCCUCCAACACUCCGUCUCGGGAAGACGACCCCCGGUCUCACCUCAAGUCCCACUCCCGGUCCCCUUCCAUGGCUAGUGACAUGGAGCCGAUAGAGCUGAUCGACCACCCAGGCCGUAUGGUUCAGACCCCCACCAUGCGUUCAGGAGGGUACGGGAGCAUCGGACGCUCCUCGCCAAAGCCCAAAGCACAUCAGUUUGUUGUCAAGUCCUUCAACACGCCCACAAAGUGCAACCAGUGCACCUCCCUGAUGGUGGGGCUUAUUCGCCAGGGCUGCACGUGUGAGGUGUGUAAUUUCUCCUGCCACGUAACGUGCGCGGACAAAGCCCCGGCCGUGUGUCCUGUGCCCCAGGAUCAGACCAAGGGGCCGCUGGGCAUCGAUCCUCAGAGGGGGAUUGGUACAGCGUUCGAGGGCUUCGUGAGGGUUCCCAAACCUACUGGGGUGAAGAAGGGCUGGCAGAGAGCCAUGGCUGUGGUGUGCGACUUCAAGCUGUUCCUCUAUGAGCUGGGUGAAGGCAAAGCUACCCAACCGAGUGUGGUGGUCAGCCAGGUGUUAGAUAUGAGGGACGAGGAGUUUUCAGUCAGCUCGGUUCUGGAGUCAGACGUAAUCCACGCCAGCCGCAAAGACAUACCCUGCAUCUUCAGGGUGACGACCUCCCAGCUCUCCCCCUCCAGCAGCCACAAGGCGUCCAUCCUGAUCCUGGCCGACAGCGACCAGGAGAGGAACAAGUGGGUGUGCCUGCUCAACGAGCUGCACCGCAUCCUCAAGAAGAACAAGCUGAAGGAGCGCUUCGUCUACGUCCCCAAGGAGGCCUACGACUGCCAGCUGCCCCUCAUCAAGACCACCCAGUCCGCUGCCAUCAUAGAUCAUGAGCGUGUCGCCCUUGGCAACGAGGAAGGCCUGUAUGUCAUCCACGUCACCAAAGACGAGAUAAUCCGCGUGGGCGACAACAAGAAGCUCUACCAGAUCGACCUGAUCCUGCAGGAGCAGCUGCUGGCCGUCAUCUCCGGCCGCAACCGCCACGUCCGCCUCAUCCCCAUGCAGGCGCUGGACGGCCGCGAGACCGAGUCCAGCAAGCUGGCCGAGACCAAGAACUGCCAGAGCAUCGUGUCGGGCCCGGUGCGCAGCGGCGCCCUCACCUGCCUCUGCGUGGCCAUGAAGAGUAAGAUCAUCUGCUACGAGGUGACCAAGGGGAAAUCCCGUCACCGUGUGCUGCGGGAGCUGCAGGCCCCGGGGCCCGUCCAGUGGAUGGGCCUGCUCAGCGAGCGUCUCUACGUGGGCUACCAGUCCGGCUUCAUACGCUACAGCGUCCACGGGGACGUGUCCCCGGUCAGCCUGCUGCACCACGAGGACCACACCCUGGCCUUCAUCCCCCAGCAGGGCCUGAGCGCCCUGUGUGCCGUGGAGAUCUCCAGCAAAGAGCUGCUGCUGUGCUUCAGCUCCAUCGGGGUGUACGUGGACUCUCAGGGCCGCAGGUCCCGCCAGCAGGAGCUCAUGUGGCCGGCUCCUCCCAACGCUGCCUGCUACAACGCCCCCUACCUGUCGGUGUACAGCGAGAACGCCGUGGACGUGUUUGACGUGAACACCAUGGACUGGAUCCAGACCAUCCCUCUGAAGAAGGUGCGACCUCUGAAUGUUGACGGAUCCUUGAACCUGCUGGGCCUGGAGACGGUGCGCCUCAUCUACUUCAGAAACAAGACGGCCGAGGGCGAUGAGCUGGUGGUCCCGGAGACGUCGGACAACAGCAGGAAGCAGAUGGUGCGCAGCGUCAACAACAAGAGGCGCUUCUCCUUCCGGGUACCGGAGGAGGAGCGCCUGCAGCAGAGGAGGGAGAUGCUGCGAGAUCCAGAGAUGAGGAACAAGUUGAUCUCUAACCCCACCAACUUCAACCACGUCGCCCACAUGGGGCCAGGAGACGGGAUUCAGAUCCUGAAAGACCUCCCUAUGCAGAACGUCCGAGUUCAGGAGGCCCGAGCAGGAUUCAGCGGUUCGGUCAGCAUCCCCUCCAUCACAAAGAACCGGGCCGAGCCGGGCCGCUCCAUGAGUGCCAGCAGCGGGCUGGGCAUACGCCCGCUGUCUCAGAACGGCAGCGCGCUGCGCAGGGAGCUGUCCGGAGGGAGCUACGGAUCCAAGCGGCAGGCCAUGACCUCCCCCUCAGAGAGCUCCCUGUCCUCUGGGGGGGGGAUGGACUGCGUUGACGCCCCUCUCUCCCAGUUCGACAGAGAGUGGCAGGCUGUGUCGCCGUCGGAGAAGACCCCCGAUCUGAAAAGGGCUUUAAGGACCCUGCUUAGUAAGAUGAAGGACUCGGACUCCCCCCGUCACUCCACGGCCUCCAACAGCUCCACCUUCAGCAGCCCCCCAAGUCCGGCCUCCCCACACAAGACCAAGUCCCUGUCCCUGGAGAGCACAGACAGGACGGGCUGGGACACAUGAGUCCUCCCAACGCCCCCUCCUCCCCCCCCACUCGUCUCCCCCUCCCAUCCAGCACAGGACUCCUCCAUUCCCCCCCUGCAGCCUCCCCUCCUCUGCCCAGAGAACUGCACCUCCCACCCGCCGCUCCCUCCAGACAAACGCGCGUCCCGCUCUGCGUCCCGGUGUCCCUUCCUGGACUCCACGGCUACACAUCUGGGCCUCCUGCUGGCGGAGGACAUGUGGGACGCUCCGUUCAGCUGGUGUGACUCUUCACGACGGGCGUAGGCUGUAGGGAAACCCCGUAGACACUGACCCCCCCGCCAGCCACCCCCCUCCCCUUUAGAGAUUCAUGUAGAGACGCUAAACUUUACGAUGCAACAGAAAAGGAGGCGGAUUGUUCAUGAGAGGAAAGGAUUUGUACUUGUACAUAGGACCAGCUGGGCUUCAGGGGACAAUUUUAAUUUAUUUAUCGAUCUUAGACCGGGAAGGUUGGCUUUGCUUCGGCGUGACGUGAGGCGAAGCGUUUCCCACAGUCGCUUUUUCUUUGGGUGCAGCAAAAAAUGUAAAAAAUGAAAAAAUGUAAAAAAAAAAAAAUCUGAUAUGAAAAAAAAAGGUGGGAGGAAGAAAAGGAAUGAGUUUUAGUUUUCUCCUGACACUAAGUGCAGUGACUUUAUUUUCUGCUCUAAUUCUGCUAUUUUGAGCGUUAGCUAAAGAGCCGAGAGCGGCGGCUCUCGUCACCCCCCCCCCACCUCCCACCCCCCCCGCCCUCCUCGGUUCCUGCGGCAGCCGGGACGGCGCCCUCCGCCGUAGCGCCGACGUUCCACUUUGCUGUACAACCAAACUGACCAGCUCACUGACUCCCAUCGCCAUGAUGUACAUAGGUUCAAAGUAGAGAGUAAUAUAUGAUAAGGAAAAUACUAUAGAGAACUACACGGGCAAAGAAAUCCUGAUUAUUUUUCUUCUCUUUGUUUUGAGUGAUUUCAGUUUGUAUUCUCACAAAAAGCCAUUUUUAAACCACUUUGUUGCUUUCUUUUUUUUUUUAAUCGGUUAGUUUUAUGAGUUUGUUUUAUAUGACACGUGUUGUGAUGCUUCAUUUGUGUUUCCCCCUUGGUUUGCGUGCAGUGGAGCGGCUCUUCACGGACUGCCGCUACCGUCUAGUGGAAAUGUGCAUUUCUCACCGCCCUGCUACCGACACGUGCGCCGACGCCCCCCUCGCACGCCGAGGCGGGGCUUUUACGCAGCAGACGCCUUGUUCCCGCCCC